UUUGCUUCAUCCACCGUAGCAGUCCAGCGGAGCUCUGCUAUUGGUCAGUGUGCGACAUGUAGGCUCCUCCCCCCACUGUCACCGCACCUCGGUGGAGUCAUCGGAUACCCACACGGUACUCGGGCAGAGUAUCAAAGGCGCGGGAAGGCCCGAAAAUGAGUCACUUUAAGGAGCGCUUCGUGACGUUGCUCAAUGAGAAGAACUUUGUGACUGAUCAGUUGGCAACACUGGAGCAAAAAACGGGAGUGAAGAGAGAAUAUAUCGCCAUUGGUUUCCUGAGUGUAGUUGCAUUGUAUCUUCUGUUUGGAUAUGGAGCCUCACUACUCUGCAACCUGAUUGGAUUUGUCUAUCCAGCAUAUUUCUCGAUUAAGGCCAUUGAGAGCAGUGCUAAGGAGGAUGACACACAGUGGCUGACCUACUGGGUUGUAUAUGGUCUCUUCAGUGUUGUCGAGUUCUUCUCUGACAUCUUCCUCUUCUGGUUCCCCUUUUACUAUGCUAGCAAGUGUUUGUUCCUCAUAUGGUGUAUGGCUCCUGUGACAUGGAAUGGCUCCGACAUCUUGUACAAGCGCGUGAUCCGGCCAUUUUUUCUGAAACACCAGGCCACCAUGGACAGUAUGGUCAGCGAUCUGACUGCCAAGGCUAAGGACAUAACUGACACCGUCAAAAAGGAGGGUGAGCCCUUCACUGUAUACAUCUGUUAACCGGGCCUUGAACCACGACAAGAACCAGUAAGAAAAGUGGGAAGGCUGAGUGAGUGACGGUGAAUGUAUGUGAUUUCACAUUUGGAUCACCCUCCUCCUCCUAUGACACAACGUUGACCAAUCCCCCCCUCCACAUUACGGAAGCUUCACACUCUCAAAAAAAGUAAAACUGUGUGACUUCCACAUCAGUUUACUCCCGUUGGUAGUGCUAAGACAAUCAUUGAAACUGUGACCCUUUUUGUGAGCCUAUUUUGUUUGUUUUAGUGUGACAAAAUGUGUUAAGCAUAAAAAGUACUAUUUUAUACCUGCAAGUACUAGGAGAAAUGGUGAUGUUGUUUCUAAUUGAGCCACUAGUGACAGAAAACUGAGGGUGAUGAACAGUAUAUUUAUGAAAGCAGGUUACCCUAAGAUGUGUUCUUGGUUUUAAUUGAUUAGCAAAACUGGAACGUUUGUGUAAUCGGUGUCUUCUUGCUCUUUCAAGCUUUAUUUUUGCCUGUGUAAAGCAGAAUUUAAAGCUUGUUUGAGGUUCUCAGUUUUUAACUUGGCUUCUGUCUUUUGAUAUGUGUUAAUUUAUCAUCUUGUAAUGAUAAAGCAAUAAAACUGGAA